UUCUUGGCUGACUUUCCAGUGUCUGUCUUCUUCUUGUAGUCCUUGGGUGGCAUUGUGAAGCUCGGAGAGCAGUGGCGAACACUGCAGCCUUGCUAAGAUGUCAGACAAAAAGUGAAGCUCAUUUUUACCAAAUAAUAAGUGGUAGUUGACACUAAUGCCCAGAGGUGAAGCUUAGGAAUUUGAAGAACUGAGAUAAUUUCUCAUCUACAAGUAGUUAAGUCUCUGAAUAGGUUGGGAGAAAAAGAAAUAUAAUUUGAACAGGUCUUUUCCUUUUUUUGUUACAUUUCAUUUCUCGUUCUGCUUUUCUUUUUAAGCCUGUCAUUUUGUUAUUUUAAUUAUUUUGGCUUUUAAAGUUGUUUUAAUUUCAUUAAGUUGAACCAUAUAGAAGUUGGCAUGUUUGCAGUUCAGAAAGUAUUUAGCUAGCAAUGAAAUGGUUAAGUAUCGGUAAGUUCGUAAUUAUAUUCUUGUUCUGUAAGAGGUUUUAACUGACAUUUUGGGAGUCCAUUUUGAGUUAGAUUGAGUACCAAAGACUGUCUGAAGGAAUGUUGCUCUGAUGGCAUAAGAACAAGUGGAACAGAGCCCCAUGAAGUAGACAACUUCAACCCAGCAUCAUUCUAUCUUGCUAAAUCAAUAUGGUUCUGAGAGUAUAUAGAAAUUUGAAAAUUCAGAAAAUAUAGAAAGCUAUAAAGAAGAAAGAUUUUUUAAUGAAUGUUAUCCCACCAUCCAAUAAUAGUGUUGAUUUUUAAUGUAUUUCCUUUUAGUCAUAUAUACAUAGAAAGUUACUCAGCCUUCAAAGUAAAUAUAGAGAGAAUAUAUCAUGAGACUGCAUUAUUUUAUUUUUUAUUGUAUUUUUAAAUCAGCAUAUAACAUACAUACUUAUGAGGUAUAUAAAGAUGUUUUGAUACAUAUAGUAUAUACUGAUCAGAUCAUGGUAAUUGUGCACAUACCCAUCAUCUCUAACAUUUAUCAACAUUUAUCAUUUCUCUGUGUUGGGAACAUUCAGUAACCUCCUUCUAGCUAUUUGAAACUACAUAGUAUUAACUGUAGUCUUCCUAGAGUGGUAUGGAACACUAGAAUGAGUCUAUGUUAUGGUUAAAGACCAAAUGUACAUAUGGAUUUCUGUAAGGAUACAAAUUUAUAGAGCCUCCCCAAGUUGUUAAUAAAUUGUGUCUUUUGAAGAAAAUGUUUUUCUUUAAUCCAAAGCAAAACAUUUAAUUCCUGAUUGAUUCAGUUAAAUGUGGCUAUUAGUCUUUUUUUUUUAAGUUUCUUAAAUGAAUAUUUUGAUUUUAGCUCCUAGAGUGGUUUCACUAAAAUAGAGACAAAGUUGAAAGAACUGUUACUGUACUAAUGGCAGUAAUGUAACAGCUUGUAGUUUUGUUGCAAUUUUAUAAAUUUUGAAUUCUUUCAAAUUUUCAGCCAUUGUAUCGUCUGUUUUUAUCAGCGUAACUGUCUUGUUUUAUACAUGGGAAACCACAGAGAGAAUAAGUUACAUGCCCAAAUUCACAAGUAGUAGUAGAAAAGCCUAGACUUUUGACUUUGGUGAACACUUUUUCUGUUUAUUGAAAUACAGCAGUAACUCUCAAAAAUCACUCGUUUAUUCCGUAUUUAUUAAGGUGCUCAGUAAAUAUGGUUUAAAAAUAAAGUCUAUGGCAAGUAUAUAGAAGUAAUCUGAUUUGGCUGGAGGGCAGGUUAUUUGGGGGAAGUAAAACAAUUGAGAUCAGACUAGAAAGGCAGUAAAAGAGCCAUUGACUCUUGAACAAUGGGGUACAAUAAUAAAAUGUACAUUUUGGAUAUUUAACCAGGCAGAAAAGAAAAAAUUAGAAAAAUGAACAAAACUGUAGGUUUAGGUGGUAAUCAUCUUCUAUGGUAAGUGUAUUAAAAAUUGAAAGGAGGAAAUGCAUUUGAGAACUAUUGUGGAAAUACAUUUUCAGGACUUGGUGACUCAGAACUAAGUGCUUUGAGGGAGAGAGUGGUCAAGGUGACUGAUUCCUAAGUUUCAUACCGGAGUGCCUGGGAAAAUGUUGGAAAAAUACAGAGGCUUAUUUGGUGGGAAAAAGGUUUUUGAUUUUAGACAUGCUGUGGUUGAAAUCUCUACAGGACAUGUACAGGACAUCUUCCAUCUACUGGUGGAAAAUGUGUGACUAGCAGGCAAAUUGUAGAUGGAAAAGGGAGCUUAGGAGUGAAGUCAGGGCUGGAGACCUAGGCAGAGAAAUUAUUUAUGUUGAGGGAAUAAUUGACGCCAUGUCAUCAUUCCUUCUUUUCAGCUACCUUCAGUGCUUUGUAUAUGCAUAGCCUCAAUGUAUUUGAGUAAUGUGUGACAGCACUGUAUUCAGAUAGCUGUUGUAUGACCUAGAACUGUAUAGCCUCAGUAAGAGCAGGCCCUUCAGGAUUCAGAGGAGCGCAGCCUUAAGCAUUUCAACAUGAUGGGCAGGAAAACACUGGCUCUUUAGGAAGGCUAUUUUAGUUGUAGGAGCAGAAAGUGAGUAAAGUUAUAUACCCCCUCUGUGCUAGGUGUUGGUAAGCCUUUUUUAUAUACUUUAUUUCUCAACAACCCCUUUUAUAUACUUUAUUUCUCAACAACCCCGUGAAGUAAGGAGUGUUGUUCUCAUUUUACAGAUGAUGAAACAGAGGCUUAAGAGAGGAUAAGUAAUAUUAGAGCAAGAAUUUGAACCUGAUUAUUGUUCCUUCGAUGCUAUUGGUCUUUUUACUGUGCCACACACUUCGCUCUGUUUCCCAAUAAGACCUGUCAAAUAUUACUAUCAGGAUUACGGUUAAAUAGGUUUUUUAUUUUGGGGCUAUGGCCGUGUCUGGGACUGGCCAGACAACUGCUGCUGCUUCAGAUUUAAAAUGUAAUUCAUUGCAUUCUGGUUAUGGGUGGCCAUUUGUCUGUAAUAAGAAAGCAUGUGUAUAAAAUGAAUAAAAAUGAAAGUUGGAUCACAUGUUUUUACUCAGUUGCCUACCUCUUGGAAUGCUUUCAAAUGCCGGCAUUUGUUUAUUGUCUUUUAUUCUGCUGGAUACUUUCAAUUAAUCCUUCUAAAUAAAGAUACUAAAAUUACACAUUUUCAUAGCACCCAACUCUGUUAGCUGAAAAUUGUCAUCAUUUAUGACAUUACCAGGAAAACCACAAUAUAAUAUAAUACAGUUUGCAUUGUUUUAAAUAGGCAGAAGCAAGAUUGUAUAUUCUAAGAUACAAAGGCUUAUUUGUACCAUGAAACUUCCUGUAAUAUCCAUGCCUGAGUAGAAGGUACAUUUACUUUUCUAUCUUUUGUUUGUAUUCUUGUAUACUGCUCAGCAAAUUAGAAGCAAGAAAUGCAUCUCAAAAUUAUAGCGUAGUGUCAAAUAUGGGAACAGUGUAAUUUAUCUAUGCUAUUUGUGUAGUAUUCAGAAUGGGAGAUACUUUAUUUUUCUCUUGAAAAAGUGAUCUUAAAGUUUCUUGGCCAAUAUUCAGUGAAUCAUGAGAGACAAAAUUAAUGGUGAAUAGCCUUCUAGCUAGAACUUCUUGUGCAGCUGAAUUAUGAUUCUCAGUUGCCAUACGCCAUACACUUAAAGGAAGUUAACAUACUUCCUUUCUUUAAUAUUGCUCUUUGUUCUUUGGGAAAAUGCCGUGAGAAAAUAGAAUACCCCUCUGGUAGUGUGUUUCAGUCUAAUUCCUGACACCCUGUUCUGUUACUACCCCUUCUCCUUGCUAGCAGCCUGAAUUCUGCUUAUCUACUAAAAGGGGGAUUCCAGACAGACGAGGAAACAGCCUUCAAAUGAUGCACUGCAGGCAUAGCAAGCCAUUCCCACACUGUGCAGUCUGGAAAUCAGGGCACCUCUCUGACGAUGAAUUCCAAUUAGUUGCUAAAGAUGCCAGAGUGUGUGCACGUACAGGCUUUUUCUUUCCCCUCCCCCUUUCUUCCUUUUCCCAAGCCCCCUCUUCUCCCUGUUUCCCCUCCUACUCCUUUAUCUCCUCCCUCCGUGUCUCAGUUCUGCAGUACGCGGGUUGAAGCACAUUCCUGCUUUGCAAGGCUUUCUGCUAAGGAUGUAUUGUGGCUUUUGUUUGGAUUGCAGCAUGCAGAAUUACAGGAGUCUCCCCAGGACAGUGCUAUCACCCGGGAUAUUAACCGAACAUUCCCAGCCCAUGACUACUUUAAGGACACAGGAGGAGAUGGACAAGAUUCCUUAUAUAAAAUAUGCAAGGCUUAUUCUGUGUAUGAUGAAGAGAUUGGUUAUUGCCAGGGCCAGUCAUUUCUUGCUGCUGUGCUCCUUCUCCAUAUGCCUGAAGAACAGGCAUUCAGUGUUCUGGUCAAGAUCAUGUUUGACUAUGGGCUCAGGGAACUUUUCAAGCAAAACUUUGAAGAUUUGCAUUGCAAAUUUUACCAGUUGGAGCGCCUCAUGCAGGAAUACAUUCCUGACCUGUACAACCACUUCCUGGAUAUAAGCCUUGAAGCGCACAUGUAUGCCUCCCAGUGGUUUCUUACUCUUUUCACUGCAAAAUUCCCUCUCUACAUGGUCUUCCAUAUCAUCGACCUGCUUUUAUGUGAGGGAAUAAGUGUUAUUUUUAAUGUCGCCCUUGGAUUAUUAAAGACUUCGAAAGAUGACCUGCUGUUGACAGACUUUGAAGGUGCCUUGAAGUUCUUUAGGGUUCAGCUUCCUAAGAGAUACCGCUCAGAAGAAAAUGCAAAAAAACUAAUGGAAUUAGCCUGCAACAUGAAGAUUAGUCAGAAGAAGUUGAAAAAAUAUGAGAAAGAAUAUCACACCAUGAGGGAACAGCAGGCCCAGCAAGAAGACCCCAUCGAGCGAUUUGAGCGGGAGAAUAGGCGUCUACAAGAAGCUAACAUGAGGUUGGAACAGGAAAACGAUGACUUAGCCCAUGAGCUGGUGACCAGCAAGAUUGCACUACGGAAGGACCUGGAUAACGCUGAGGAAAAGGCAGAUGCUCUGAAUAAGGAGCUGCUGAUGACCAAACAGAAGUUGAUUGAUGCAGAAGAAGAGAAAAGACGGCUGGAAGAAGAGUCUGCUCAGUUAAAAGAAAUGUGCCGUCGGGAACUCGACAAGGCAGAAUCUGAGAUUAAAAAAAACAGUUCUAUCAUUGGUGACUAUAAGCAGAUUUGUUCUCAGUUGAGUGAAAGAUUGGAGAAGCAGCAGACAGCCAAUAAGGUGGAAAUUGAGAAAAUUCGGCAAAAAGUGGAUGACUGUGAGCGGUGCCGGGAAUUUUUCAACAAAGAAGGGCGUGUAAAAGGCAUAAGCUCAACCAAGGAGGUUUUAGAUGAGGACACGGAUGAAGAGAAAGAGACGCUCAAGAACCAGCUGAGAGAGAUGGAGCUAGAACUGGCACAGACCAAACUCCAGCUGGUGGAGGCCGAGUGUAAGAUACAGGACUUGGAACACCAUUUAGGGCUUGCCCUCAAUGAGGUGCAGGCAGCCAAGAAGACGUGGUUUAACCGAACACUGAGCUCCAUAAAGACAGCAACCGGGGUUCAAGGGAAAGAGACUUGCUGAGAGCAGCUGCCGCCUCCCGACACCUUCAGAAAACACGACACCUUUUGUUGCCUUCUUUGGCCAGAUGUGUGAUUCUGUGACUUGUCCCAGGACCAGAAUGUACCUAAGUCAGAUCCAUAGACGCAUGUUGGUAGGUCACUGGACCAGAGCUUGUGAAGCAGGCAACCUCUGGGGUAAGACUACUGAUACUAACAGGCCUGCUAGCUCAGCCGAUGCUCUGGACACUCUAGAAAUCACUCCUCAGUGUGACCUCCCAGGCCUCUUCCCCGUGACGUCAACACCUCACCCAGCCUAAAGGCUGAGUUUACAUGAUCAGAGUUAGGGGAUCCUUCAGUCUGUUGAUUUUUUUUCUAAACCUUUUUUUUUUUAAAUAUACAUAUAUAUAUAUUGUGGGGGUGGGGCAAGGGAUCAGAAAUUCAAAUAAUUCUUUUCUGCUUCAAUGCCAGCAGAAGGUCCCCCAGGUAGACAUGGAGAAGCACUUUGUUUUAAAUAGGAGGGUUUCAUAGUUGCAUCUGAAGCCACCUGGUUCUGUUAAACUGUAUUGUGCAGGUUUUGGGUUUGGCAUUAUUCAUGUUUCUGAUCAAUUCUAUGCAACUCUCAUAGUUCCUGUUACUUUUUAGCAUUAGCUGCCAAAUGACUUCAAAAGGCUGGGGUGGGUGACUUGACUGUGAGACUGGAUUAUAACAUGGACAAAUCUUAUUUUGCUUAAUGUGUUUGUGUGUGUGUGUGUAUGUAUAUAUAUAUAUAAAUAUCUUUCCCAAUAUGCCCCGUUGACAGUGUUUAAAUUCCAGACUAGGACUGCUGAUCUGCACAAUUUAAUUAUGUGGUUAUUCGAGCACUUAAUUUCACUCAAGGUUCAUUGGGGUCUGCUCUCCUCCCUGCCAUUACGGGAGCUGUGGACAGAGCUCCCUCACUUCAAGAUUCCUAGUGUUUUUGCACAACAGGUUGUCCAAGUGAGAAAGACUGAGUUGCGUGUCUGUAAAUGUCUGCGCAGGGUGCACAUGCUGCGAGGUCUCCAUCCUCCGGGCCUGUCCCUCCCAGAUGGGCUCGGCCUUUGGGCCCUCCUCAGAGUAUGCCUGGGUUCAGAUGGGCUGUAAGUUCUCACUUCAAAGCUACGGAAUGGAUUUUAGCACCUUUAAAAAAAAAAAAAAAAACUUUGACUUUUAAUUUAUAUAGUGCUAUGCUGACAGGCUGACACGCAGAUGGUUUUGUCCUCUUUUCUGCGUUCAGUGUUGAGGUGGCUGCUUACAAGAGGCACUGGUUUUGUAUAUAAAGACACUCGGGUUGUUUUGUAGCUCUUUUUCUUACUGGCUGUACUAACGCUUGCUGAGGUUAUCUGUAAUAAGGGAGGUAACAAGUGGCAACCCCCUCCCCACCAACCAUCCCCUUUGCUGCUUUCUGUGUCUUUCUUGUUCAGUUACCAAAAUAGCUGUAAGCCUAUCUAAUGCUAGGUGUGUGGACAUUGUGCUAAGGUAGUUUCAGUGUGUCAGCUUUAUGAAUUGAAAUAUAAACCAGUAAAAUUGUAUUACUUUUUCUUUUGUUGGUUUUAUUUUAACAGCAUAUUGAUUAAAUAUUUUGGUACAAACAGCA